AUGGGGCCUUCAGUCGGCGACUUCAAGCUUGUCGGCCUGGCCGCAGGGUUCACACUAGGAUUUGGCUUUCUUACGGUCUGGAAUGCAAUAAAGCAGACUCGAAGGAUUGAGAAAGCAUACAAGAGCCCUUAUGUUAUUCUUAUCUGGAUGGAACUUAUGUCCAAUGUGACAAUUGGAGUACUGGGAUGGCUCGUGCUGGAAGGAAUUGUACCUGCAACUGCACCUGUACUAGCCGUUCUGCUACUUUGCUGGGCCCUUGAGAUUCAAUGUCUGAUGCAGAUUAUUAUCAAUCGGCUCUAUGUCGUGGUGGAUGUGAAGAAGAAAGCCACUCAAGUGAAAUGGGCGACUGCCGGUCUUAUAACAGCAAUUAAUAUUGCUGUUUUCUGUAUAUGGAUUCCUGCACAUAUGACACCUCCUGUAAAUCAUACUUAUGUCCUUAUUAAUCGAUACUGGGACCCACUUUCUAAAGGGCUGAUAUGCGUUGUGGACGCAUUUUUAAACGCCUGGUUCCUACAAGUUGUCCGUGUGCGGGUGAUUCAGCAGAAUGGAUUGAAGAAAUAUCGCCCGCUCGUCCGCUUUAACAUGCGAAUGAUGAUUGUUUCUGUGCUUAUGGAUGUACUCCUAAUCGGACUUAUGUUCCUCCCCAACCCAAUGGUCUACAUCCAAUUUCACCCGGUGACCUACGUGGUGAAACUUAAUAUCGAGAUGGGAAUGGCUUCCCUGAUCCGCAAGAUCGCAAGGGAAAGUAACAUCGACGAGAUUCAUGAGGCAUCAAUGAAUCUGCCGAGCCGAUUCCAUCCACAAAAUCACUACACAGAGUGCGAUGAUGUGGAAAGAGAGAGCGAGCAUGUAGGGCACAUACAGUUCGAAGAGCUACCCCAUCAAGGGUUUGAGCCCGAUGACAUGAAAAUUCUGAAAACAACCAGUGUCCGCGUUGUAACAAGCCCAAGGCCCAAUAUCCAUGGAAGACCGAAUCAUAUGAUUUAG